AUGGUCACCGAGCCGAAGUCCGUUGAGCCCAAGGUCAGCACCAAGGAGGCGCAGUGCCAGUCAUCGGACUGCGAGACUUCCCAGCAGGAGCCGGUCUCGCAAGUAAGCAGCCCGAAGGGCGCCCGUGUGGGGAUCUUCAAUGCCGAGGACUUCUUGUCGCGUGCUCAGAUGAACGACAAAAUCAACAACAUCUUGCGCUCGCCCACCAAGCCGCCCAACGGGGUGCUCCAGCGCUCCGUCUACACCAACAACCCAUCGCCGCAAGCAAGCUUGCGUGUCGGCAUGACUGGGGGGCAGCUGUCCCAACGCAAGAGCAACAUCUCGCUGUCCUCCGGCACGGACUCCGUGGGCCACAUGGAUCGCGGCAGCAGCUCCAGUCUCGCUAGCAGCGCCACCGUUGGCACCAACACCAUCACCAGCGGCAUUUCCAAGGAGUGCGCCAAUUACCCCGUCGGCAGUCAGUCGGCCCAUCCAUACGUCCAACUGCCGGGCAUACACAUUUCCAACCCUCCCCAGUACGGGCCAGGGAAUAUGCAGGAAAUAGACGCUGGCAAAAUGGUGCACAACGGCAAGGCACUCACAGGGCGCUACAAUGCCACGCCCACCUAUGGCUUCGACAGCGAGCAGAACUACUGCCUGAAUUCCCAACAGUUGCCGUCUCCAAUGCCCCCUCCACCAUACGCCUUGGCACGCGUGAGCAGCUUCGAGCUCGAGAACCACACACCGCCGGCAUGUCCGGGCUCUGGACCCAUUGCCAUGACGAACGGCACCAUCCAGUUGCGCCUCCGCGAUGGCGUGCGCAUUGACAUGACUCUGGACAAGGCGGUGCGCGUGCUCAAUCAGCGCAGCAUGGUGGCAGUUGCUCUAUCACGCAACUGCAGCAACUCGGCUUUGAUCCACCCCAAUGGACGCAUCUUGCAGAGCGGCGCUAAAGUCGAAAUAGUCACCUACGACGGCAUGAAGGGCAAUAACUUUGUUCGCUAUGCCAAGAUGUGGUACAAGGGUGUGAGCUUCACCAGCGAGGCUUGCGCUCUCAUCUACCUGGUGGACACAGCCGGGACGCGCACCACAACCGACACUUUCACCGAUCUGACCAAGGACUACACCCUGGCAGUGUUCUAUGACGACUCGCGCCAUGGUCCCUCUUAUAUGGCUGAAGCCCAUGACGUGAUUGCCAACUCAGCUUACACCUGUACCGAGGAUGGCACUGAGAUCUAUGACAUAAACGGAUUUCGCAUCACCCAGGCAGCCGAUGGCCUGGUGAAGGUCACUCGUGUGGACAACAAGUGCUUGAUUCGCACCAGUCCCGGCAAUGGAUCGGCCACUUUGACCACACCUGGCAUCCAUUGCACUGCCUCUCUGGGCAAGACCUCGCAUCUGUUUGUUCGUCGCAAUGAGAAGCGCAUGCACUUCUAUGGAUCCUGUUUCAUUGUACGCAACGCCGGACACUCCGCCGGCUUCAAUGAGAACAACCUGCUCAUUGUCUACUGAGCGGCGUUCGUAGUCCGGAGAUAGAAACGGCGCAGUGGUAGCCCAUCCCACACGCACACACUCACACAU